CACUCAUCAGUUUGUCCUCCACCACCAAACUGAACGGACGUGUCGGCAGCACAUAAUAAAAUUACUCGCAAGUUCCGUGAAAACUUAAAAAACGUGCUCAUAGUGUGUUUAAUUCGUGUGAUGCGUAGUGAUCGUUACAAGGGAAAGUACGUAUUCCGGAGAACACCAAUGGAAUCGCCGCUGAGGUACCGCAGAUGUUUAAAAUAAAUCAGGAAUGUGCGAACCAAGAAUGUGCUUAAAAACCAAUAAAAGUGCGAUUUUUGCGAUCGUGACGCUGAAUGAUGUAAUGCGCGUAUAGACGUCAGCACGGCGUUCAACGAGUCCGAGUGGGGUUCGCUGGCCGCGACCAGCGAUGGUAUGGACUUUGUACUGGGGAACGGCAGCGAUUGGAAUGCGACCGAAGCGGGGCCGCCUACGGACCUCUACAACUACUGGGCGUGGAGCAUCAUCGACGGCUCUCUCAUGAUCCUCAUCGUCAGCGGGAACACCUUAACUAUCCUCGCCGUCACCUUGAGUCGACGGCUCUCCUCGCUCGUCUCUAAUCAGUUCGUGCUCAACUUGGCCAUCUCAGACCUGAUGGUGGGCCUCACGCUGCCCUACCAUCUCGUGUUUUACGUCGACGAUGACUUCGGGAAGAUUAAGUGGUCGUGCUUGAUGAGGUUCAUACUCAUAAUACUAGCUUGCCUCGCGUCUAUUUACAACAUCAUAGCUAUCGCAGUGGACAGGUACAUAGCGAUAGUUCAUCCUCUACACUACAGCCGGUACAUGACCAAGCUCGUAACCCGCCUGUUGAUGAGCGCGACCUGGUCCACUGCCGUCUGUAUCAGCUGCAUUCCAAUUUUUUGGAACGACUGGCACGAAGGGGCAGCAUGCGAAAUGAAUGUGGUAGUUCCAAAGACUUACACGACGAGUAUUUUGGCGCCAAUGUUUUCCCUGAUAUGGAUGGUGAUGUUCAUCUUGUACUGGCGGAUAUGGAGGGAGGCGACAUGUCAUGCGAGAAGGAUGAGAGCAAACACGUGUUGCCCCACCAGCGCUAACGAUUGGAAAAGUAUUCAGGUUGUUCUUCUCGUCCUCGGCUCAUUUUCACUAUGCUGGAUGCCGUUCGUGGUCGUGGCGUGCGCUCAAACGUUGCCCAUCGUCCGACUUUACAACCCAAUUGCGUACCGUUUGACGUCAUCACUGGCAAUGUCAAACUCUGGCAUCAACCCUCUCAUAUACGCCUGGAAGAACGCCGGAUUCAGAGCCGCUUUCGCAAAACUAUUACGGUGCAAACGACCCGACACUUCUGAAUACCGGGGCUCGCCUGCGCCGGACAGAAAACGGGGCUCGGUGGCACUCCGCGAAGGCUCAAUCAGUCGGACUACGCCGAUAACUGGUCUAACAAGUUUCGGCGGAACACCAGCGAGGCUUGUUUACGUGGACAGAGAGCCGGAUACUUCACGGUGUCGGAUCAUCGAGAACGCCGGCUACACGGAGUGCGACCGAGGGGACUCCAACCCGUCGUACGCCCCGGAGGUACCGACGCCUGUCCACCGCCCGCCCCCCUCCCCCGCCCCUCGGACCCCAGAUGUAGUGUAGUGUUUAUGCGUAAACAAUAGAAGUCUGUGGGAAACGUGAAACGCUUCUAGUUAUUUAAAUUGUUAGAGAACUAAUGUGUCUACAAACUAAAAGGGUAUGGGAUUAGUGAACAUACUGACGUUAUUAACACUUGUGAUCAACUACAUGUUUUAAAAAUAACAGUCACGCAAAAUCGUCAUGUUUAUAAUACGUUUUAUCAUUAAUAAAUCGAUUUCUUUUUCGUGUAGUCUUAAAACAAAAUUUUAACUAUGAAUACACGCAGUAUUAUUAGUAAUAUUUGUACAACAUUUGCAAGUACUUUGACGAUUUUUAAUAUGUACAUAAAAUUAAAAGUAAUCGGGUAGUUUAAAAAUUAUUUAUCAAAAAAACAGCCCUAUCACCAGAACGAGAUGUAAUGAAAUAAGUAAAGGCAUUUUGAAGGCUCUUAAAUUGAAACUGAAGGUGCGUGUUCACAUCACUGCACUCAUAUUCUUUUAGUUUGCAGAAAGAAGACAUUUGGUGGGUCAUACUCAUCGCAUACGGGUACUUCUGACACAUCUGUUCAAGUUUAAGCUCAAAUUUUUAAGCUUCGAUGUUAUCACUUCAAUGACAAAUAAAUUAUCAGCUAUAAUAGAGAUAUAUUGAUAUGUAUAUAAGGAAUAAUGCUCUAGAUAUAAUUAAACGAUAUUUGAUGUAUAAAUAAAUACACAUAGAGACA